UAUUAUCACAAGCAUAACGUAGAGUUAUCCUCCAAAUUUGAAAUAAAUAGGUAUUUUUAUUGGUUGUUGGUUGAAUUUCCGUUUCCAUCAACGGUUUCGUCUAAAAUCCGCCUUGUUGGACGAACGGUCAUCAUUUGGUCAAUAUAAUUGAACGUUUGUUUUCUCCCUCUCCAACACUGUUAUAAAACUCGUUUUUGCUUUAUAAGUAACCAGGCGAGGUACCUGGUUCACUCUUUAAACGUUCAUAGGACACAGGCGUAACUAUGUUGACAAUGACCGAGUUCAGCAAAGUGUUUAACGACAAUAUCCAUGGGCAUAUUUCACUUCAUCCAUUGUGUGUAACAAUUAUCGACACUCCGGAGUUUCAAAGACUACGUAACAUUAAACAGCUCGGCACCACCUAUCUAGUCUACCACUGUGCGAGUAUCAAUCGUUUUGAACAUUCUCUUGGCGUUUGUUACUUAGCUGGUCAAAUUAUUGAUGCUUUGUGUUGCAAUUCGGGCAAUGAAAUCUGUGUUACACCAGAAGAAAAACUUUGUGUUGAAAUAGCUGGGCUUUGCCAUGAUCUUGGACAUGGCCCUUUAUCACACAGCUGGGAGAAAUAUCUAAAAGCUUCUGGGAUUGACUGGAAGCAUGAAGAAAAUUCAAUUAAAAUGUUGAAAUAUGUCAUAGAGAAAUAUGAACUUCAAAAGGAGUUUAAUAAAUAUGGACUUAGUAUGGAUUAUCACGUUGAAUUGAUAUAUGAAUUUAUUAUUGGAGAAGGUACUUUACUAAAGAAAAAUCAUUUCUUAUAUCAAAUUGUAUCCAACAAAAAUAAUGGUAUUGAUGUUGAUAAAUGGGAUUAUUUUUUACGUGAUGGAAAAUGUUUAAAUUUAAGUAUAUCAUUUGACUAUAAAAGACUUAUGAAAUUUUCUAGAGUUGUUCUUGAUCCUAAAUCAAAUUUACCGGUUAUAGCAUUCAGAGAUAAAGAAGCAAGAAACAUAUAUGAUAUGUUUAGAGUAAGAUCUGAUUUACACUGUAGAGCUUAUCAACAUACAGCAGUACAAAAUACUGAGUUAAUGUUUAUUGACAUUUUAUUGAAGGCUGAAAAAUAUUUUACUAUUCAAAUCUCAUCUGGUGUUAAGUUUUCUUUGAAUGAAGCUCAUACAAAUAUUGAAGCAAUGUCUUAUUUAACCGAUCAUAUUUUGUAUGACAUUCAAUAUAGUCAUGAUCCGAAUUUGAAAGAAGCCAAAAUUUUAUUAAAUAGAUUACUUUCAAGGGAUUUAUAUAAAUUUGUUGGAUCAUAUAAUUUAUUAAUUAUUAACAAAGAAGUUUAUGGAAACUUGAUUGAUAUCAAUCAUUUAACUGAAAGUCUUAAGAAUGAACUAACAAAAAAUUUUCAAAUAGAGUUUGGAGUAUCUGCUACUUGGUUAAACAGUGGAUCACCAUUAAAAUAUCCGUUAGAAAAUGUAUUAUUUUUCAAGAAACAAUCAUGUGAUAGUGAAUCAGUAAUCAUAGAUGAUACUCCAUAUCAAAAUUUAUAUCCUAUGAAUGAGUUAGAUUUUUUCAAACGAGAAAUCAAUGUAUUUAGUAAGCAGUUUAAAUUAAAUGGUAGUCAAAUAAAAGAAGUCAAUUUAAUUUGUAAUUCUUUUUUACAAAAUUUCAAGCCGUAAUCUAGGUUUAUGUAUUAAUCUAAGAAUGCUAUAUUUAAUUAACAACCUUAAAUACUUGAUAAUAAAUAACAACAAAUUAAAC